AUGGACCCACUCAGCCAAGGUACAUGGACAAGUUUCCCCAUGAACACGAGGAUUCCAUCUUCAACGUUUGGCCUUUGUGACUUCAACCCUAUCUCUACUCUCAUCCAUAAUCUCAGCGUAGCUCCAUCAUCGAGACUACAUUACUUGUAUACAAUCCCCAUACAAGGGAAUGAGAAGCCAUUUAGAGCCAUUCAUCUCUGUCCUCAAGAUUACUUGUACCGAAACACCAUAGAUCCCCCGACCCGAAUCUCAACCACGUCUCAUCUCACCAACCACACACUCAUCAACAUCAACAUCAAUAUCACCAUCACCACCGCCAUCACAACCCUCACAAAAAAAAAUGGCCUCCCAAGACCCCCUCUUCUCAAUCCCCAUUCCCCCAAUCCCCUCCCACCAAGGCGGCACCAUAACCUGCACAACCCCAGCACCCCUCGUCUACCUCCUAACCUGGUCCUCCCCCCCGACAACCGCCUCACAACCCCUUUCUGCCGCGCCCUCCUCGCCGCCCUCGACAUCAUCGAAUUCUCCCUCCCCGUCGGCGUCCUCAUCACAACCUCCGCCAUCCCAAAAUUCUACUCCAACGGCCUCGACCUCGAACACGCCUUCGCCACCCCGCACUUCUUCCCAGACACUCUAUACGCCCUCUUCAAACGCCUCCUCACCUACCCGAUGCCAACCGUCUCUUUGAUCCCAGGCCACGCCUUCGCAGGCGGCUUCAUGACGGCAAUGCACCACGACUACCGCGUAAUGAACCCCCAAAAGGGCUUCCUCUGCAUGAACGAGCUCGAGUUCGGCGCGCCCCUGAAAGCGCCAAUGUCGUCCAUCUUCCGCAUCAAGUGCGCCUCCCCCAAAAUCUACCAAGACAUCGUCCUCGAAGCGAAACGCUUCCCCGGUCCAGCGGCCCUCGAGGCCGGGCUCGUCGACGCGCUCGGCGGACUCGAUGAGGCGUUGAAGUUGAUUGCGGAACGCAAGUUGACGGAGAGGGGCAAGAGCGGGGUGUAUGCCGUGCUCAAGAUGGAGAUGUGGAAGGAGAGCGCGUACGUGCUCAGCAAGGAGAAUUACGAGAGCGAGGAGAAGAUCUGGGAGGAGAGGGAGGAGAGGGAGAAGGCUAGGGUUGCGGCGGGGAAGAAGUUUGUGCAGGAGUGGAAGGCUGGUAAGGCCAAGUUGUAGGAGUUGAGCAGGAAAUCUUGUGGAAGGAUAAAAGACCCCAGUACGAUAGUGGCGGAUACUUGCACGAUACUUUAAACGCAUACAUUACGACAAAUCAUUCAUGUUGAACUUCAUUUGCUCAAGAGAUCGUGUAUUGUGCUGCUAAAAAAAAAAAAGAAAAAGAGACGCUUGUUUUGUGUC